UGGGGGAGAGUGUUCCAGGGUUUCGGGUGUAGUGGCUAAAAGUGUGGCCGCUGCUGGUGCAACAGCGGGUACAAGGGACAAGCAGGAGGCCAGAGCCAGUCGAGGUAGUGGGCAGUGGAGUGGGGAGUAAGCAGGUCAGUGAUGUACGGCGAUGCCAGGCCAUGAAGGCAUUUGAAGCAGCACUGGACUAUGAACUCAAGUCCCCACCUUCUGACCUAGAAUAGAGUGUGCCAGAGAUGGAGCCAAGCUGAUGCAGGUGGAAAGUACUGCGAUGAAGUGGUGGAGCAUGGGCUCGAUAGGCUGAAUUGCCUGGCUUCCGGUAGUGACUGAGUGGCUCUCGGUAUGAGUUGGCCCCUGGAGGAGUGGAAGGGCGAACUGUCCAGCCAAGCUCUGAGGAAGGUGACAGAGUGUGAGAGGCAGUUGGAGAAACUGGGGCGAGAGAGGCAACAGAGGCAACUGCAGCUGGACGCUAUGGAAUCCACCUUCCACAAGCAGCAGCAGAAGCUGGAGGAUGAGAGGCACGAGCACGCGAGCCUGAGGAGAGAGGCACAGAGCCUGAGGGACGAGGCCAGCCAGGGGGAGAGGAGCCGGCAGAGGCUGUGUCAGGAACUACAGGUGAAGGAGGCUCUGGUGUGCAGCCUGGAGGGCCAGCUGGUAGCUGCCAGGAAGCGAACAGACAACCUGGAGCAUGAAUUAAAGAGGUUAGAAACAGAGCUUGAGCGGAACCUCAGGAGCCCACUGCCCUCACCCUCAGCCUCCCAGCUCUAUCCCGGUCUGUCCAACACCUCCUCACCUUGUCCCAGAGACAACCAGGGCGCCCAAUGGGAGGAUCUGCAGAGGAAAUAUCAGAGGGAGGCAGAGGAGAGACAGAGGCUGGGGACCGAAGUCAACACUCUGAGGCUACAGGUUCAGCCGCUGGAGCUCAGCCACAGAAGCCAUGGACGAGAGGAUAACAGAGCACAGAGCAGCCCGACUAACUGUCCCUGGCAGAACCCCGAUCACCAGCCCCCCAGCACCCCAGCUGGUCGGGGAGCCCCCUUGUCUGUGUUGCCCUGGGAGGAGCGAGCGACACAACAGCCCCCCUGCAGACCGCUCACUCCUGACCCCACCCACCCCCACCUCAGCUGGGCCGAGGAGAGCAGCAGCCCACAGGUGGAUGGACUGAGAGAGGAAAAUAGGGUGCUGAGAAGCACAGUGACCGAGUUGGAAAUUUGGGUUCAGUCUCAGGAAAAAGAAAUCAAAAUCCACGACAACAGGUUGCAGGAGCUGCAGUCGCGGCUGGAGAUGAGCGAGGCACAGCUGGCAGCAAAACAGCAAACCCUGAACCACGGUCAACAACUCCUGAGCAGAGCUAACCAGGGACAGGAGCUCGCCAACACCAAGUGUGCGGGACUGGAGCAGAGGCUGAAGCAGGUGACGGCAGAGCUGGGGUGUCUGAGGCAGAACGCAGAAAGCGCCCGGCAUUCAGCGGAGCAGAGACUGAGACAGCGGGAGAGGGAACACCAGCAGGAGCUACAGGAGCUAGCCGAGCAGCAGUCUGGGUACCAGAUGCUGGAGCAGGAGAGCAGGGAAGCUCAGAGCACAGCUUCACACCAGAUACAGCAGCUGCAGAGAGAGCACCUCGAGCUACAAGCCACGGUGGAUAAGGUGACAGCACAGAAACAGCUGGUGGACAGGGAGCUGCAGGAACUGGAAGAAAAGGUUGACUGGGCGGUGGGGGAACUCGCAGCCUAUCAAAAGAGAGAAGCCGAUCUGCAGAGAGAAAAGCAGCUUACACUGGAGAAGAACAGCACAUGUCAGGGACAGAGCACACAGCGCCUCCUGCAACUCGAGGCACAGCUGACACGUAUGGAACAGGAUCUCACCUGGAGUCAGACAUCCAGGGAGGAGAUGAGGGGGGAAAACCUGUCUCUAUCGGUCAAAGUCGAGGCUCUUCAGCGAGAGAUUAAUGUGCAGCGGGAAGGUCUCUCUGUCAACCCAGGCCCACAGCUGCUGUCCUGCCCGUCCAGCCUGAGCCAGCAGGAGGCCAGCCAGUCAGACCCACAUGUGGUGGUCUCCUCACAGGGGGUCCUGCCCUCACAGUGCGGCGACCAUCAAGCCCAGGAGGCCAGAGAGGGCAGCCCAGCAGCAGCUCAACCGCUGGAGAAUGGAGCAGUUUGUGGAGUCAUUGCUGUGCCUUCCUUCACUGAGGCUGCAGCAGGCGUGGCUGCAGCGUGGGCGGGGCUGCAGUACCUGAGGGGGAAGCGGAGGUUCUGAAG